AUGAACAAGCCACUGACGUUGCUACUCUGGGCUGUUCUUGUGCUGGAACUGCUAGGCCGCGCCAUCCCGAUUCCCAAAGCGGACUUUGUCCUCAAGCCCUUGCUCAUGCCCGUCUUGGCCGGAGCAUUUCUGCUGGGAAGCCCGAAGCACGGGCAGCGCAUCUUGGUCAUGGCUGCGCUGUUCUUCUCAUGGCUAGGGGAUAUAUUCUUGCUGUUCGAGGGAUAUUUCGUCUGUGGCUUGGCAAGCUUUCUCAUCGCACACAUCAUGUACGUGGUGAUAUUCCAGAAAGAGCGGGGCACGCUACUGCUCAGGCGCCCUUGGAUAGCUGUCCCAUUUCUGCUGUUGACGAUUGCCUUUUAUUGGUUUGCGCGGAAGGGGCUUGGAAGCAUGACCGUGCCUGUACUUGGCUAUAUCACCGUGAUUUGCAUGAUGGCACUUGCAGCCAUCAACCGCUAUGGUACUGCGACACAGCAAAGCUUCCAAUGGACAGUGGCGGGGGCAUUGUUCUUCAUGAGCAGUGACUUGAUGAUCGGGAUUGACAAGUUCAUCACAAGAAUCCCCAUGGCAGAUGUAUGGAUCAUGCUGACAUACGUGAUCGGCCAAUACGCCAUCGCCUCUGGCGUGUCAAACCUGAGCCUCCAUGCGCGCUGCGCCCUCACAGGAGAGCAGCUGGGUGAGAUCCGCCUUUGGCCUUUGGACAACGUCGCUGCCCUGCGGCAGCAUGUGGCCCGCCUCUUCCCAGACCAGGCUGAGGGUCCUCUACAGCUACUUGCGGGUGAGACCUGCCUAGCAGGGCCGAUGAGUUUGGCCAGCGCGGGGGUGAGGGAUGGAUGCAGCAUCGGCGUGAUUCGCUGCGAGCCCCGGCGGUUGCUGACUGCCUCCGCAGACGGCACGGUGCGCGUAUGGGAUGAGAAGGGAACACACAUCGCUUCACUACCCCAAGGCGAAUGGGCCACGUCAUUGGACUUCCAAGCUUCAUCGCAGCUGCUUGCAGUUGGGCUCUUCGACUGCACAGUGAGGGUUUGGGAGCUGAACACGCUCAGCUGCAGGCUGCGGCUGCGUGGCCACGAGGGUCCUGUGCUCUCUGUCGCCUUCUCCGGCGGCCCCGUCUUGGCGACGGCGUCGAACGACCGAAGUGUGAGACUUUGGCAUCUGCAGGAUGGCAGCUGCCUUCGGAACCUCCAGGGGCAUACCGACGGCAUCAAUUCCGUCUGUUUCGGCCCCACUGCCGAGACCCUCCUCAGCGCCUCAGUGGACCGAACGGCCAAGCUUUGGUCCAGCAACGAAGGCACCGUGCUGCGGAGCUUCGAGGGCCACAAGGGAGAGGUCACAUGUGCCCGAUUUUCGCCACCUCAGGGCAACCUCAUCGCCACUUCUUCUGCGGACCAUGAGAUCAGGAUCUGGGAAACUGCCUCUGGCAGCCUCGUCCGAGUGCUCAGUGGCUUCGCCGUCUCCGUUUGCUGCAUCGCCUUCGCACCUAGCGGAGACCUUCUUGCAGCCACUGGCGCAGACGGCCAGGCCCGCCUUUGGAACAUCCAGACGGGAGAGGCUUUGCUCCGUGUGGGCGGACACCAGGAUGUAGCCACUGGGGUAGCCUUCGCGGCCGACGGACAGUGCAUCGCUACGUGCAGCAGCGACGGCACUGCUGUGCUUUGGAACAUUGAGAGCGGAUGCCGCGAAGCCACCCUUGAAGGCAUGCAGUUGCUGGGCUUGCGGUUCUGCCAGGCAUGCUCUCCCAUCGACUCGCUCGUUUCUGCUGGCAUUUGCGACGGGUCGCUGCGUCUCGUAGACAUGCCCGGGCAGGAUGAGACGGACAACCCGGUGGUGAAGGACUGCUUCCAACAGCUCCUUUCCAUGUGCCACGGCCUGAUCAUCCUUGUGAAAUACAACUCCGUUAAGUCGGACUCCCUUGCUGUGUUGCUGGAUCGCAUAUCGGACCUCGCACCGCACCUCUACUCCACCCCAGGUGCGCUGACCUUCGUCAUCUCACAAUGCGAUGCUUUGCGCGCAGACGGGGACUCCGAAGACGAGGCGGACGCGCCGAAAGAUGCUUUCAAGGACCGCCAUGCAUAUCUAGGCCUACUGGUGGAGGCAAUCGGCAAUCUGCAUGGCAUCAUCGCCGAGCUGAAGCGGGCGCGGCAAGUGAAGCUCUGUCAGGAGAAGCUGAUUUAUCUGAUCUGGGGUUUAUUGUUUCCGGGGUUUCGGCUUUUAUAG